GUGUGGACAGGAAAUUACCAAAUUGUCUCGCUUUCCCUAACGAACCUAGCAGUUCUGAAUCGCGCUGCUGAAUCAACCGUUCUCGAUUUUCUCAUACUCUAGUCGAUCAUCCCAACAUGGUUUGUUUGGCUUGCUUGCUGCCCCUAUUUCUCGUCCCGAUCGUCAACAUUCUCCCUAUUCUCUUCGAUUUUAUUAUGGGAAAAAUCUAUCGUGUGUUUGGUUGGGAGUACAGAAAACCGGAGAGGGCUCCUCCCGCAUGUCCAUACAAGCCUCCAACCACCGGGGUUAGUAAAACUGAGGCAGGUGUUGAACCAACUCCAGCAGAUCCUGUAAAACCUGGAAGUGUAGAUGUGAAGCAGGAUUAAUCUGGGGUAGCUACUCUGUAAGGUUUGACAAGAGUAAAAUGUAUGACCACUUGGGAAUUCUGAUGGUUUAUGUCUGUAACUUUUAUUAAAUAUAUUGUCCUGUCA